CGUUAACUCGUCGGAGGAGUCAGUCGUUCAUCUUGAAAACGCAACGCGCGAGUGAAACAACACACAGAGCACACACAACAUGAAUUCAAUACAAAUUUUAUGUUUAUAGAUGGCAGUAGAGCCUUUCCACCAGAGGCAAAUACAUACAUACAUAUGUACACACAUCUAUACACACCUACACAUGAACAAUGUGCAUUGCAUUUUUGUGCUUCUUUUCCUGUGGUUGUGAGUGAACAAACACAUCUAAAGUGACAUCUCGAAAUUGAAUUUUAAGCUCACGUCGCGAAAUCAAUGAGAAGAAAAAAACACCGGCAACGUCAAAGUGCAGCUUAAUAAUUUACAUUAUUUAAACGGCAUCGCAUUGGAAAUUAAUUUCAAAAUUAAGCUGGCAUAAUAUAUUGAAGAAGCUAAGCUUGAACAUUAUUCAGAGUUAGUGACAGCUAACAAGAUGAUUUGGACAGCACAGAAGAAGAAGCACCAAACAUUAUUAUUAUUUAACAUUAUAUUUGUUGUUAUUUUGUGCGCGUCUUCGGCAAGUGCCACAGAGAUAUCAAAUUAUUACGAGACACAAGGACCAAGUUUCUCUGUGGAGCCGCCAAGUAGGAUAGAAUUCAUGAACACUGUGGGCAACACAGUCAAUUGCAUUGCCCAUGGCAACCCUGUACCCAAUAUACAGUGGCUGGACAAGGAGAACAAUCCCAUUACAUCGAUAUCAAAGGUUCGACAUAUCCUGGCCAACAGUUCCUUGCACUUCCCGCCAUUUGCUGCGGAGGAGUUUCGACAGGAUGUUCACUGGUCGGUCUAUCGCUGCAUAGCCUCUAACAGCAUGGGAAGCAUCAUCUCCAGGGAUGUGAUUGUUAAAGCAGUGGUUUAUCAGCACUACGAACCGGAGGUACAAAAUCCGGGCGGAUUUAUUGGCAGUAACGUGCUGAUUAAAUGCAAUAUUCCGUCGUUCGUCAAGGAGUACGUCACAGUGACCUCUUGGCUGCAGGAGCCCAACUUUAACAUCUAUCCAUCACUAGAGGGCGAUGGCAAAAAUCAUAUGCUACCCACAGGAGAACUUUUAAUAUAUAACAUCACCAAGAAUGACUCACAAAAGAUUUAUCGUUGCCGCACACAUCAUAAAUUAACACAGGACUCCAUAGUCAGCAGCAAUGCGGGGAAAAUUCAAUUAACUGAAAUGCGAGAACUGGUGCCGCCCAUAAUGAACGAUAAAACAGUAGCGUUGACAUCAAGAGUUGGGGAUCCAUUAGUGCUGGCUUGCGUUGCUUAUGCAAAUCCAAAGCCCACUUACAGGUGGCAUACAACUCGAUCGAGUACAGAGGAAUCUAUGCAGCAUAUGCUGGCUACAGGACGCGCUAAAAUCAAGGAUGGUACUCUAAUCAUUUCGGCUGUGUCGAAGACAGACAACGGCUUGUUCUUCUGCACUGUCACAAAUUCCGAGGGCAGCGAGACGCUAGAGGUGGAACUGUCUGUUUCGUCGCCAUUGACGGCCAGCGUGCAGCCACGAGUACAGACCGUGAAUCUGGGCCACACUGCAGAUUUAAUUUGCAGCACAUCGGGAUUCCCAAAAAACACAAGUAUCAUGGUUUAAAGAUGGCAAAACGCUGCGCUCGGGCGCUCGAGUGCGUCUUCUGUCCAAGGAGCACAUUCGCAUCACAUCCAUCGUCAAGGAGGA